AUGGAAGCCAACAAUCAACCUGCUAAUAGCUUAGAAUCCGCAUUUGAAAGGCUAUGUCUAGCAUCAUACGCUAGUAAACUUCCAACGUUUUCGGGAGCAAACAUGGGUGCUGGUCUUAUGGAUUUUGUACACGAAUUCCAUGAAAUAAGUAACAUAAUGGGAAUUAAUGAAUCCAAAAUGGCCCGUCUACUCCCGGCCCAUCUCAAGGGAGUGGCAAAAGCAGUUUAUGAGAAUAUGGCAGAUGAGCAAAAAUCAAAUUGGCGUUCAGCAAUAACCAAACUCAAAGAGCAUUUCUCAACGGACCAGUUCAUGGAUAUGGCUAGGGAAAGGAUUAUGAAUAUGCGGAUGGAAUUUAACGAAUCUCCUGUAGUUUUUUCGAAUAGAAUCCGGAAAGAAAUUAUGGAUGCAUAUCCUCAUACAGAUCUUGCUGAACAACGCAAAUUUCUUCAAAAUAUGGUAUUCACUAAUGGUUUACCUAAUAAAAUCAAGGAUAAACUGAAACUUCUUGGUCCGCUACCUUCCGAUUAUAACACUUUACUACGCGAAUGCAGAACGGAUGCAUAA